AUGGUAGUGCAUGAGGGUGAGAGAGGUGAGCCAUUAGUAGAUUCCUGGGAGGCCGAGUACAAGGAGAUGCAGUGGAAUUACAGCGUGUUAGAGGCUGUGGCUGAUCGGGUUCUAGCCUUGCCUCAUACACCAGAGGUGGGCUCGAGCAAUCAGGCAUCACCGUCAGGGCCUGUGGGUGUAGCCGUGGCUUCAGCUUCAGAGGGGGUGGAUAUAUUGGUUGGUGUCCCUUUGUCAAGGCGUAAUAUACUUACAGAGGUGAAGCUGGCAGAGCUUCGAACGAAUUUUAGUGUCCCACCUUCGGUGGGCUUGAGGUUACCCAGUGCUGCUGAUGUGAUGAUGUUGGCCAAACUGGGAUGUCCGCCAGGGCAAUAUAAUCCCAACUCUUGGAUUCUUCUUCAUGGGGGAAGUUUUGGCUGGGUACAGGCCAAUUGCCUUCUACUCAUAAGUCUUGGAGGAACAUGUGGUGUCUGGCUUAUGAGGACUAGAAGUGUCAGCCAGGGAGGACCGGCAGGUUCGAUGAAGUGGCGGCCGAUCUCCAAGGAGCAAGAAGACAAAGUUGAGAGGGUGAGAUCACUGCUGUCAAAGACCGAGCAUGAGUGUAAAAACCUAGUCACUCAGAAGAAUCUGCUUGAGUCCGGCCUUUUAUACGGAAUGGCGGGUAUCAUAAAGGGAAGCACGAAGGUGGUUGUGGAUUUGGAUGAUGCCGAGAUGCAGAGACGGCUUAGGGAGUCUCCGGUGCAGAAGGCUGAGAAGGAGGUGCCAGGCAGGCGAUGGAGAGCGUUGGAGGAAGCUCACCAGAGUGUGAUGGGAACAGGGCCGAGGCUUCCUCCCUUUGACCUGCAGGCACCGCCGAAGCUCCCAUUCGGUGUGGAGGACGUUUAUGCCAAGGGGGUGGAGAAGGUGGACUUCUCCAGGUUGCGUCGGGAGAAGAAAGAGGUGAACCUUGCCAUGCAUCAUCAGGAGGUUCCCUUGGUGAACGUCUUCCUGGAAGGCAUGAAGAGUGAUCUCGAGGUUCUAGUGAGGACACCGGCCUCUUCCUAUGCAGAUCAGGCCCAAAAGACGUUCCUUACCCAUGCCUAUGAGGCCAUUAGAGAGAAGAAGGCCCUGCUGUUGCAGAAAGCUGCGCUAGCCAGAGAGGUGGAGGAGCUGAAGCGGUCGAGGGCCGAUGAGGUAGCUGCGGCCCGGGCCGAAGUGGAGCAGAAGAAGGCCGAAGAGAUAGCUACUGCCCGAGCCGAACUGCUUUGGGAAGAGAGGUCGGCGAGGUUCAACCCUUCGGUUGAGAUUAACUUUGAUACGAGUGGCGAGCCUCCUUCACUUAGUCCUACCACCGAGGCCACUCCAGAGCCAGAGCUAGAGCUAGCUACUACGGAUGCCCCUUCUACCGAGUCUUGA